AUGUCUGUUGUUUUACCAAGAUCCCGUUCGCGAUCCAGAUCGAGAUCGAGGUCACGCUCAAGAUCCCGCUCGAGAUCAAGGUCGAAAAGUCCCGGCGGCAAAAUGAAGAAGGCGAAAAAUCCAAGGGCAAAGAGACCAGCUCGUCGUCCUGCUGCAGCGCAUCCACCGUACAUUGACAUGGUCGUCACUGCCAUAACUGCGAUGAAGGAGCGAGGUGGUUCUUCGAGGCAGGCCAUUGAGAAAUACAUCAAAGCAAAUAACAAAAUCACCGGAGAUCCAUCUUCGCAUUUGAAGGUAGCUUUGAAGCGCGGCGUGCAGACCGGCAAGCUGAUACACACUAAAGGAACUGGUGCAUCGGGAUCCUUCAAAGUUGGAAAAGCACCUGCUGCGCCAAAGAAGAAACCAGCAAAGAGGGUAGUCGCUAAAAAGUCCAAAAAGAAGGCUGGCACGCCUAAGAAGCGAACAACGAAAAAGACAAGCGCUAAGAAAGCCACAAAGAAAAAGAAGACUCCAGCUAAGAAGGGAAAGUCUCCAGCCAAGAAGAAAACCGCAGCAAAGAAAUCUGCAGCAAAGACUGCUGCAAAGAAAAAGACAAAGAGCCCUAAAAAGCGAGUUACACCUAAAAAGAAGACAGCCAAGAAGACCAAAGCAAAGGCUAAGAAGUAA